CCACUGAUCUUAUUCUUGAAAUCCUGCACUAAUUAUGGGCUGAGAUCUUGUAUGCUAAACCUCACUAUGUAGGAGAGUGUUUUGUGUAAAUGUUCCAAGGGCAAAGAAGGUUAUUACUCAUGAGCGUAACAUAAUUAACAUAUGCUCUCUCGUGGUUUUUUCCUAAACCUUGGUGUCCUGUUGAAGGAGGAUUAUGAAAGAGGAAGAAGAAAUCCUUUUUCUCAAACCUCUACCUCUCUUGGGAAAGAGGACCUUUUUGGUAUAGUGCCAAAUGGAUGAACUUACCCAAAACACAUUAUGUGGUCCAUGAUUCCAAAACACUUAAUGGAACUGAAUCUUGUAUGCUCCAUUUAUGUGAAAUCCAUGGGAUGUUCUUGAAAAGUGUAAACAAAGAUCAAAUUUUUGGUCAGUCUUGAGUUCUUUUAAAUAGCCUUAACAGAACUGGAAAUACAGGAGCCAAAGCACCGGUGUCAAGUUAAGGCAUUAUAAAUAAUAUAUUCACAGUAAAUAGAGGCUCACACUCAAUUUUGACUGUGCAUCUUAUAAAUUAAGCUUCUGCAAGCUGCUUUUUGUUGAUAAUUUGCUUACCUCCUUAAAGGAGCCCCUACCAAAAUAAUCUUUCAUUUAUGUUGUAUAUGUUCUUUAUUUUUGAGACAUAGUUUACUUGUUUUGAUGACUGAUGAUGUCAGAAUAAAUGUUGUUUUCAGACAAAUAUUAAAAUCAUUAAUAGGGCGUGGACAUUGACAAGCCCUUCCAUCCUUGUUUAUCUGCCUGUGCAUUGUACUGUAGUGGAAAAAUGAUUAUGAAGUCAAAGUCCAUCUUUUGAACUGUAGAGAAGAGAAAUUAAAUACCCAUCUUGAGUUGAGACAAACCUCUUAACAAGCUGCAGUUUAAAAAGAAAUUUUUAAAACUUCACAGUACCUACUUAUCUAGGUUUAUUAGGUUGUUAAACAGGAUCUAGAAUUCACCUCCAAAUUUUGGUGACACAAGGCCGUGUAUAUUCCCACAGAGUGUGGAGGUUUUGAUCCGAUUAGCUCUCUGAAGAGUAUUUGUUUUGACCAGGAGCAUCCCGGUUCUGUCUGGGCUCACUUUGAACUUGCAGCGUUUUCUUUAAGAGCUCAGAUCUACAGACAGCCUGACAAUGUGCAUAACGACUGUGUUAGCAGAAUCAGUAAGGCAGAAUAAUUAAUCAUGGCUGUUAAAAUUUUAUGUCAUUUCUGCUUGUUGAUUUUGAGUGGAAGUAACCUUUAUGAAACAUUUAUUUAGUCAAUAAGUAAAUGUACCAGAUGUGGUUGUGCAAAUAUUCCUUCUCUUUUUAUAUGUUACGGUGAUUUGAGAGAAGGAGCUUAGAGGAUUAGAGAACUAGGUAAAGCCUCCAGUAGUACAAUGGUUUUGUUAGGCUGUUGUGAUGCCACUGGAGACACCGCAGCAAUCCUGGAAACAGAGGUACUUUUUACAUGAUGCAGCGUAAAGAGAACAGCAGGGUUUCCACUCUUUCCUCCUCUGCUCUUUCAAUUACUAUUUUUAUAAUGCAGCUUAUUGUUAGUCCGUCCCGUCCUCUGGUUGAAGAUGGCCUGUGAAAGCAUUGUAGUUGGUGUCGCUAUGCAUUUUUAUUUUUUUUUCUGCAUAGGAAAGGCAAUUGUUAAUUAGCAGCAAAUGCACGGUAUAAUACGCGGAGUUAAAUACACGCGGAUCAGAUGCGUGCGUUUGCUACAGUACGAUGUGGUGCAGCGGGCAGGAAGACAUCCGUUUUCUGCGGUUAGAAAACUCAGUUCUCUCAUUUCACAGGGAAUGCUCGAACCGAACCGAGAGCCUUUGCAGGGCCCGUCACCGUGCAGCGCGGGCUCUGCUCCGCUGUCGCGGAAGGUGGCGGCCGGGGAGGUGGGUUGGGAGCAGGAGCCCGUUGCCCGGCGCUCACGGCCAGUGACGAUGUGCAUGUCGGCCGUGCCGCCGCGGAUGGCCUAUUGCGAUGGACCCGGGGAACGGCGGCCACCCAAAUUCACCCAGCAGAAUGACAUUCUGCUGCAGAAGCGUGACGGAGCCAGUCACACCCGGCACCGCGCAGCCAAUGGACGCCGCUCUCUUACCCAGGCGCCGGCAGGGGCUCUGUCUCUGUAGGACCCUGGCACAGCUCUGCAGACGGCAUUCCUGCAGAGACAGCCCGCUCCGAGUUUGUUUCCCAGCACAAUAGUCGCCCUUGCUGUGAUUCAUGUCCCAGUAAUAGCAAUGCUAUUGUAAAUGCUUGCUGUAAAGCCGGGGAGCGACGUGCCUUGCCUGCCACGUGAUCUGCAGCUGGUGGGGACAGUGCCUGAGUAAUUCGGGUCUUGUUUCCCAUUUAGCAUUGCCACGGCUGCCUGCCCAGCAGACCUGCUUACGAGAGCCAGAGGGAUGGUGGUAGUUACGGGGCAGAACAAAGUGAGUGGAAACCCGGAUGAUGCCAUGUCGAGCUCAGAUGCAGAGGAUGAUUUCCAAGAGCCAGCCACUCCUACUGCAACCCAGGCAGGACAAGCACUACCUCUGCUGCCUCAGCAGUUUCCAGAAGUUGUCCCACUAAACGUAGGAGGCAUGUAUUUUACAACAAGACUGUCAACACUGAGACGUUAUGAGGACACAAUGUUGGCAGCUAUGUUCAGUGGAAGACACUAUAUUCCAACAGAUGCUGAAGGCAGAUAUUUUAUUGACAGAGAUGGAACCUACUUUGGAGACAUACUUAACUUUCUACGAUCUGGUGACCUGCCAUCCAGAGAACGAGUGAGGUCAGUUUACAAGGAAGCUCAGUAUUAUUCUAUAGGACCAUUGCUAGACAAUCUAGAGGAUAUCCAGCCUCUUAAAGGAGAAAAAGUUAGACAAGCUUUCCUGGGCCUGAUGCCAUAUUACAAAGAUCAUUUGGAACGGAUAAUCGAAAUUGCAAAGCUCAGAGCUAUGCAAAGAAAAGCAAGAUUUGCAAAAUUGAAGGUCUGUGUCUUCAAGGAAGAGAUGCCCAUCACUCCCUAUGAAUGCCCACAUUUCAAUUCAUUACGUUUUGAAAGGAGUGAAAGUGAGACAAAGCUCUUUGAACAUCACUGCGAAGUAGAUGUAUCUUUUGGCCCCUGGGAGGCUGUGGCUGAUGUAUAUGAUCUUCUGCACUGUAUUGUGACAGACCUGUCUGAUAGAGGGAUAACUGUGGAUCAUCAGUGUAUUGGCGUGUGUGAUAAACACCUGAUCAAUCACUAUUACUGCAAGCGUCCUAUCUAUGAAUUCAAGAUUACUUGGUGGUGAGUUAUUUUGUCCAGAACGGUGCACAGGAUAAAAGGACUUCUAGACGACAAUUGCUUUUAAUAUUUUUGCAACGUGUCUCUGGAAAUGCAUUGCUGCUAACAUAUGUUGGAAUCAGUCUGCUGAAAUGUUGGCUAAUGCUUAGCUGCUCAGCAAAAGGGAACCUGUUAGAGAGGCUGAGAAACCUCUGAAAUCUUGAAAAAACAGCCUGAAACAAGACUGUUGGCUCAGGUACCUUAACGAGGCACAAAACAAAAUCACCUCAUGGAAAUUAUGGAGAGGAGCGUCUAACAUCUUUUAAGAGAAGAUGCCACCUACCAUGUGGCUUCAGUAUCAUAGUCUGCAAAAUGGAUAUUGCAGACAUCACCUGCAUUAUUAUAAAGCCGGGGUGCUAAUAAUGCUGACAUAAACGUGGUUGAAUUUUACCCACUUAGAAAUGUUUUAGUCACUGCUUUAUAAAUUACUUACCACUUUAUAAAUUUGAGUAACACCCAGCACAGAUAUUCUGGAAAUUUAAUGUUGAUGUAAUAGGUCAUUUAAAAAAAAAAAAAAGUAUUCCCUACACAUUAUUAAUUGUUGUUACAAUUAAGCUAUAAUUUUUUAAAUUAAGAAUCUGCAUUGUGAAUUAUUAUAUUUCAAUUAUUUCCAUUGUUAUAAAAAGGAAUAGCAGAUUUGGAAUAUAUUCCUUAAUGCUUUUAGGAAUAAUAACCGUUCAUGGAAGACUUGUGCCUGUUUUUAGCCUUAGAAUUUCUAAAUGUUUACAGUAUCUACAAAGCAAGAAGCUCUACAGAAUCAGGUCAUUUACAAAGGCUUUUGGUAAAUGAGAAAAACCUAUAUGUAUGUUCCUAUUAGCAGAAGCAAGAGGAAUAUUUAAUGUGUAUUAUUUUAUUACUGACUUUUUACAUUCUGUGAUACUAAACUUUGUUCUAGAGUUAAAGUCAAAUGAUAAUAUUAGACCAAUGCUUCCUUCACCUCACCUUCUUCAGACAAUUAAGUCUCAGUUUUAACAUUCUUGUUGACCCUUUUUGGUGUAAUAUCAAGAAAAAAAAUUUCAACCUUCAUAUUCAAAUCUCUCUCCAAUUAUAAACCAGUAUAUCUGAGUAGUAAAUUUUUUUCCACACAGAAAGAGGCAGCCAUUGCAGAAUCCUAUUCUUUUCAGAAGGUAACUGUUGCACUUCCAACAUUAGUAACCAUAGCCUGAAGUUGAAUCACUUUAUGUCCAAAACAGAGGUAGAGCUAAACAUUUGAAGAUACUACUGGUUUGUGAGGUACAGAAAACUCAAGUUUUUCUGAAAGACCCCACUUGAAGUGGUCUCAAAGAGAGAGGGAAAGUAAAUGCUUGCAUUUUGCAUUCCAUUGGAUUAGUUAAUCCAAGAAUAUUGCUGAAUUAAAUUUUUGACCAAAACACUUAAGAAAUGCGUUAAUUACAAUGAUAAAAAUUCUCAGUUACCUGAGGUAAUUUUUAGAAUUAUUCUAAGACUUUAUGCAAAAAAGAAGCAAAUUGUUUGCA